CUCUGAGUAGUAGGUCCCCCCUGGAGAAAGGGUGUGCACGCAUGUGUGCUCACACGGGCAUCUCUGCCCAUCGCAAGCUUUCCUCUAGGUGACCUUGGACUGAGCUUCUCUUGCUUGUUUGGAGAGCAGUUGAUUUACAAUGCAGAUCUGUCCGUCCUCUCCUGCCUGUCCCUGCCCCUCCUAAAUUUGGCUGGGAUAUGAGGCUGUUUGCUUUCUGAUGCCAACAGUGGCAAUGGCAGAGAGCCCUGCCAUGUGAGAAGCAGAGAUAGAGAAGACGGGGCCAAGGAGGAGCGAACUGUGCGACUACUCUUCCUUCUGGUAGCUGAGGGGCACAUCUGCAGAACAGAAUGUCGAUGCUUACCCCAAUCUUGCAGCCCCCGGAGGUGAAGGAGUAUCUGUCCAAGGGUGAGCGCUUCAUCAAAUGGGAUGAUGAAACAGCAAGUGCUUCUCCUGUGAUUCUUCGGGUAGAUCCAAAGGGCUUUUACUUAUACUGGACCUAUCAGAAUAAGGAAAUGGAAAUUUUGGAUAUAACCAGCAUCCGAGAUACUCGAGUAGGGAGAUUUGCCAAAAUCCCCAAGUGCCAGAAGCUCCGAGAGGUUUUUAACUUGGAUUACCCACAUAGCACCUUCCUGCUUAAGACUCUGACUGUUGUGUCUGGCCCUGACAUGGUGGAUCUCACUUUCCAUAACUUUGUGUCCUACAAGGAGAAUGUUGGCAAGAACUGGGCUGAGGAUAUUAUGGCCAUUGUUCGGAAUCCUCUCACGUACAAUGCUUCUCGAUACACCUUCCUAGAGAAAAUCCUGGUAAAGCUGAAGAUGCAGCUUAAUGCAGAGGGGAAAAUUCCUGUCAGGAAUAUUUUUCAGAUGUUCCCUGCAGAUAGGAAGAGAGUGGAAGCAGCAUUAAGUGCUUGUCAUCUUCCAAAGGGCAAGAAUGAUGCUAUCAACCCAGAGGACUUCCCUGAGACUGUGUAUAAAACUUUCCUUAUGAACCUGUGUCCUCGGCCUGAGAUUGAUGAGAUAUUUACCUCACAUCAUUUAAAAGCUAAGCCUUACAUGACCAAAGAGCACUUGGCAAAAUUUAUCAACAAGAAGCAGCGAGACUCUCGCCUCAAUGACGUCCUUUUCCCACCAGCCAAACCUGAACAGGUGCAGAGUCUGAUAGAGAAAUAUGAGCCGAGUGGGAUUAACAUCCAGAGAGGGCAGUUGUCUCCAGAGGGGAUGGUCUGGUUCCUCUGUGGGCCUGAGAACAACGUGAUAGCACUGGACAAAUUAGUGCUGAACCAGGACAUGACCCAGCCGCUCUCACACUACUUCAUCAAUUCAUCACACAACACAUACUUAACAGCUGGUCAGUUUUCUGGCAUCUCCUCUCCUGAAAUGUACCGCCAGACACUGCUGGCUGGCUGCCGCUGUGUAGAGCUGGAUUGCUGGAAGGGCCGUCCCCCAGAUGAGGAGCCAAUCAUCACUCAUGGGUUCACAAUGACAACUGAGAUCCUCUUCAAGGAUGCCAUUGAGGCCAUUGCAGAAAGUGCUUUCAAAACAUCUCUCUAUCCUGUUAUCCUGUCCUUUGAAAACCAUGUGGACUCACCCAAGCAGCAGGCAAAGAUGGCUGAAUACUGCCGAACUAUAUUUGGAAACAUGCUGCUGACAGAGCCGCUGGAAAAAUACCCACUGAAGCCAGGAGUUCCUCUACCAAGUCCUCAAGAUCUCUUGGGAAAAAUAUUGAUUAAGAACAAAAAGAAACAAUCUAUAGCUGGAAAGAGGCAAAAUUCCUUGAAGAAAGGGAGAAAUGUAGAACCAGAAAUCACUGAGCAGCCAGCCUCUAUGGACAGUGAAGAUACAGUCUGGGCAGGUGAUGUGGCUGAAGAGGAACCAGAGGAAGAGGAGGAACAGCCAGGAAACUUGGAUGAAGAGGAAAUUAAAAAGAUGCAGUCAGAUGAGGGCACGGCCAGUUUGGAAGUGACCGCGUAUGAGGAAAUGUCCAGCCUAGUUAAUUAUGUCCAACCCAUCAAAUUUGACUCCUUUGAAGUCUCUUCCCAGAAGAACCGGAGUUAUGUCAUCUCUUCCUUCACAGAGUUGAAGGCUUAUGAUCUGCUAACCAAGUUCCCUCUACAGUUUGUAGAAUAUAACAAGAGACAGAUGAGCCGGAUUUAUCCCAAAGGCACCCGGAUGGACUCCUCUAAUUACAUGCCCCAGAUGUUCUGGAACGUCGGCUGUCAGAUGGUGGCACUGAACUUCCAGACCAUGGAUGUCCCCAUGCAGCAGAACAUGGCUCUGUUUGAGUUCAAUGGACAGUGUGGCUAUCUGCUUAAGCAUGAAUUCCUGCGGCGUCCAGACAAGCAGUUUGACCCCUUCUUUGUGGACCGCACUGAUGUGGUGGUGGCAAGUACGCUGUCUGUCACGAUCCUUUCUGGUCAGUUCCUCUCAGACCGCAGUGUGAAGACAUAUGUGGAAGUAGAGCUGUUUGGGUUGCCAAGGGACACAAAACGCAAAUACAGAACCAAAUUGACCUCCACUGCCAAUUCCAUUAACCCUGUAUGGAAAGAAGAAGCUUUUGUUUUUGAAAAGAUCAUGAUGCCAGAGUUGGCAUCUCUCAAAAUUGUGGCUUGGGAGGAAGGAGGGAAGUUCAUUGGUCAUCGUGUCAUUCCCGUUAUUGCUGUGCAUUCAGGCUAUCACCAUGUUUGUCUCCGCAGUGAAAGUAACAUGCCGCUCACUAUGCCCUCUCUAUUUGUGUACCUGGAAAUAAAGGACUAUGUUCCUGAUGCUUGGGCAGACCUGACUAUUGCUCUCUCCAACCCAAUUAAAUUCUUCAGUCUCCAAGACAAGAGAUCAGUGAAACAAAAAGAUGACUCGAUGAAGACACCUGAAACACAGAGGAAAUUCCUGUCUGCUGAAACUAAUGGGAUACCAGAUACCACUGGGAAAUUCAACACUUUUUCAAAUGGACCUGCAGGAGCAGUGGCUUUGGCCAAGGAUGAAAAUGUGAAAGGAACAACACAAAUUGCAGAGCCGCAGACAGCCAGCCUUGAAGAACUGCAGCAGAUGAAGCUGUUUCUAAAGCUGCUGAAAAAGCAAGAGAAGGAACUGAAGGAGCUAGAACGGAAAGGAAGCAAACGCAAGGAUGAGCUGCUGCAGAGAUAUUCUGCCCUCUUUUCAGCGCCUAUAUGCCAUGGAGGCAAGAAAAGGAUGAUAUACCCUGGAAAAACCCUGAAGAAGAAGAGUAUGACAACAGAUGACCUUGGCACAUGGGCAAAUCCUGUAGAAGCAGCAGAAAGCAGUGAUAGCCGAGUUCUGGAGCUGAGAGGCAGGCUGGAGAUGGACCUCAUUCAACUAGGGGAGGAACACCAUGAUGGGAUUCGAAAAAAGAAAGAACAGCACGCCACAGAGCAAGUUACCAAGAUAACAGAGUUAGCCAAAGAGAAGCAGGCAGCUGAGCUGAAGGCACUGAAGGAGUCGUCAGAAAGCAAUAUUAAAGAGAUUAAGAAGAAGAUGGAGGCAAAGAGAGUGGACCGAAUCCAAACAAUGAUGAGAAACACUAGUGACAAGGCUGCUCAGGAGAGGUUAAAGAAAGAAAUUAAUAACUCUCACAUUCAGGAAGCAGUGCAAACAAUCAAACUGGUGACAGAAAGGAUAGCCAGGUAUCAACAGAAACUGGAAGAGAAGCAGAUAGAUAAUCUGAAAAAAAUCAAGGAGAAGGAAAGCCAGCUCCAGCAGGAGGCACUGGUGGAGUAUAAGGAGAAGUUGAAAAGUCUGAAUAUGGAGGUGCAGGAGGUGGUGAAGAACUAUGCAAAAGCAAUCUUCCCUAGAGAGGCAGAGAUUCAGAAUGAAGCUGUUCUGAGCACCACUGAGGAAGAACAAGGAUCUGCAGAACAACUGGAAGAAAAGAUCCCAGUAGCAGCGGUGUCAAGGCUUACAAUAACCAUGGCUGAGCCCUCAGGGACUGAGGCAGCAGUCGAGAUUGAAGAAAGCAGAUUUUGAGAUAUGCUUCCCUUAUUCACUGUUCCACUUUAAAAAGGAUGUUUAUGGAGGCAAAUAGUGAAGUUAAAGACCAGCAGAAGUAUUUCUGUUAUCAGAAUACUAUCCCUUUCCACCCUGAGAAACUCCUGAAAUCCUUUAGGAAUUUAAUACUUACUUUAUUAUCCUAAAUAUUGGAGAGAAGCAGUCUGAAGGGCUUGCCCUUCAGAGAGUGCUUUAUUCUCCUUGCCUUCCAUAGCCUUAGCAAUGAGGUAUUUUAGCAGUAUGAAAGGGUUUGUGACUAAAGGCAAGCUGGAACUGAUAGCAGCAUCUACAUUAGCAUUUUGUUUAGAUCCUGAGUUCAUUUUUCAUGGCAAGUUUCCUGACAGUUCAUCAUGCACUUCUGUUCAAAUCACAGUUUAAUCUUUGAACUAGAUCCCUUUGACUGAAACUUAACUGAAAGAUGCUUUCCAGUAGCCCACCUAAUUGCUCCAGUGAAGUUAAGGCUAGCCCAGGUUAAACUCUCCUGAAAUACAUGUAAUGUGGGUAUCAGGUCUUCAGCAAAAUCAGUUAUGCUCUAAAGUGCCAUUCCUACUGGUGACACUACUUGCUAAUGCAGACACAGCCCCUGUCAAAGGGUCAGUUUAAUAGACCCUCAUACUAGAGCACCUCCUUGCACAAUCAAACAGUGUUGGCUCUUUAAAUGGUUCCCCACACCCCUGUCAGAUGAUGACAGUUUCAGUGUGUUGGCAUCCACACAACAUAAAACAAAAUUUCCUUCUGAGGAAAUGUGCAUUACCAGCAUGGUUGCUUUUCUUUCCUUUUAACCUCCUCCCAAUCCUUUGCAGCUCUUUCUCAGGGCAAAUUCUAACUUCAAGACUCUGCUAGUAGCCUUCAGGCAAGUUUUCAGAUCUGAAUCUGAAACCUCUUGAAGACCCAGUUGACUGAUCAAGUGGCUUCUGAGGCUAUAGAGGGCAUACUGGAAGGAUUCUGAGAAGCCCAUCAUUUGUUCCAGCUGCCCCAAGAACACGUGCAUAAUUCUCACCUGCAGCAAUCAGACAUUUCUAAAGCUUCCCUGAAACUUCUUUCCAGCAAAGAUAAAUUAGACUUGUAUUCCAGUUUUCAUGUAACAAGCCUUACCAGAAUUUCUAAAUUGUUUGAAAAUAUUUUGUUGCCCAAAUAACAAGCCAUCCAGACAUGGUGCCUUUAAGAUUUCCUUAGAAGACUGAGCACGGCUCUUAAGAAAACACAUUGAAUUAGCUAUUCAACUAGCAGAAAGUAUAGCAAUCCUCCUAAAGCUUUUGUGUACAGCCCUCCCAUUUAAUGACAACAGAGGCUCAGCAGUGACCCAUAACAGCUAUUCCUUGCUCCUGAGAAAGUCAAACUCCUGAAAUACCUAUGUUCUUUGGCACCGUCAGGGGAAGACUGCAUGCUCUCCCUUUUGCUGUUUAGUCUCCAGGUACAGAAAUAUUGCACACAUCUUUCCCCAAAGUCUUUAGUCAUUUCCUAUUUCUUCAUAAAGAAUAAUGUUCACCUCUAAUUACAGCAGGCUUUUCCCCCUCAAUAGCAUAAAAUGAAAGUAAGUCUCAUUCCAGAGUCUAACACUGAAGAAAAAUUGCCCAGCCGCAAGGUACACAUACGACUUUGAAGGGGAAAUAGUCCUCAGUGUCUUUUAGCCUUAGCACAUAUUUGCUUCUCUCUCUCUCUCUCUCUCUUUCUUUCUUUCUUUCUUUCUUUCUUUCUCUCUUCAUCAACACGAAACCUUCCAAAGAACACAGCUGGAGGUCCAGGUUCCCAAAAUCUUGGUCUUCCUUGCAACAGAGAAAAAGGGUGGGCUCCUCUAAGGCUGCUAUUGUAUUUCCACUUCGUAGGACAGGUUAGCCCUGCAUGGUGAAUGCAGGACUGACUGAUUGACUUACAUCACUGCCUCCUUUCUCUGUACAGCUCAAACACUGUCCUCUCAUCUGUUUUCUUGCACACUUUUCUUGCACAAUAUGCUUUGGCACAGCAUAUUCUCAUUCAGAAGGAAGUAAAUGGAAGGAUAUGGUCCAACUUCCAGCUUGGUCAAGGGGAAAAUGCUAAACACUGCUAAAGAGAAAUAGAGAAAAAUAUCCCAACCUCAGCCUGCAGUGGAGUAGAUUUGUGGCUACUGUAUUAUGUGUCCUGGCAUCAUCAAACUAGCUUUCCUUGCACUGAUAAGCCCUUCAACUUAUUUGGCUAUUCCAGCCAUCAUUUUUUGCCACUGUAUAGAGUGCCUGAGGGUCUCUUUAAAGCCACCUGUAGCAGAGAAACAAGUGAGAACAUGGUUAGAAAAGGUACCUGCAUCUUUUGGUUAUUGAAACCUUUGCCCUCAAUUUGAGUCAAGACUAGAAAGGAGGUGUCCUUGACCAUAGCAACUGCUGCCCCCCCCAAAGAAAAAUUUCAGUACUGCUCUGUGGUGGAACCUAAUAAGAUUUCUCCUUUCCCCUAAUUUUUUUUUUUUUUUUCACGUUUAUGUCCUGUCUGGAUAAGUAAGCUUGAUUAUGGCAAUCCUAUAGCAUGCAGUGGAUAUUCAUGAAAAUUGUUAUAUGUAGAAACUGCAUUAAUGAAUAUAAUGAAUACAUUAUGAAGUGCUGCUAUAAAAGAGAGCACCAAGUAGUUAUCAGAGACAAGAUGUUCCAAACCUGCUCUGACAUCCAAGAAGAGACCAUAUCUCCUCUGCAGUGUUACAUAAUACUGAAAUUAUGUAUGAUAAAUCUCUGACUUAUUUAUUUACUAAAAAAUAAAAUACUGCAUUUCUUCAAAA